AUGGUCUGUGCUGUUUUCAGCAAACUGCAAAACUUUUUGAAAACUCACAAAAACAACAUGACGAAGAAAGCAAAAUGUAUUUUUGAGGGCAACAAAGAAAACGACACAGAUCUCAAGACUGUUUACACAGAGCUGUUCAUCACAGAGGGAGAUAUGAAAGAUGUCAAUCACGAACAUGAAAUUCUGAAGAUUGAUGAUGCUUUCAUGAACAAAAAAACACCGGACAAACCAAUCAAAUGCAACGAUAUAUUUACUGAACUGAGGAAAAACAAUGAGGAGAAGAUUGUGCUGACCAAGGGAGUCGCUGGCAUCGGAAAAACUGUCUCUGUGCACAAGUUCAUCCUGGACUGGGCAGAAGAAAACACCAAUCAGGAUAUAGACUGUGUGUUCCUGCUUCCAUUCAGAGAGAUCAACAUGAUUAAAGACAGAGAGGUCAGUCUCCAUGAGUUUCUGCUGAAAUUCUAUCCUGAAUUGAAGAACCUGGAGAAAUCAAAGUUAUAUAAGGAAUGUAAGCUAGCGUUUAUAUUGGAUGGACUUGAUGAGAGUCGACUGCCAUUUAACUUUAAAAGCGAAACACUGGACACUGUUGAGGAAAGAUCAUCUGUAGAU